UAUUGUCGGGAACGACACAUCACUGGCUGGUACAAGGACCUGGCAUCUCUUGUUUUGUCUUAAAAACCCUUGUGUCAACGCCAAAAUAUGUAAAAAAGUUAAACUGUCAAGUGUCAAAACGUUCAGAAAUUUGUGAAACAAAUGUUUGUGCGGUUCGGAUACUUUUAUUUGUAAAAGUAGCAAUAAUUUGAAUAAAUGGUAGAAGUUUAUAUAAUACAACUUGGGUUAUUUGUUAUUAACUGUGUAUUUGACCUCUGUCUGUAAAUAUAUUAAGUUUCAAUUAAAAAAUAUUGAGGUUAUAAUUAGUAUCUAAAAAUACUGUAAUUUUCCUCAUAAGACCUAGUAACUAAUAUUUGCACCAAUAUGGGACAAUUAAAAUGUCUGUCUCGUAUCGUUAAAACCCACUGGGCUUAUCUAAACAAACGCUAUUAUAGUAAUAGAAAUAUUCUAAAACUUAAGGAUAGAGGAAUGUAUCAGGACUUAUUUCCUAACACUGCCGCAUCAGAAAUAGUUAAUAUGUUGAAUAAAUCUCCACAGUGUGUGUAUGCAGGAUUUGAUCCAACUGCAAACAGUCUUCAUGUAGGCAAUUUACUUGUUAUAAUUAAUUUACUACACUGGCAGCGAGGCGGUCACAAUGUUAUUGCAUUACUAGGAGGCGCAACGGGACUCAUAGGCGAUCCUAGUGGUCGGUCCACUGACAGAGUUGCAUUACAAAAGGACAUCAUUCAGGAAAAUAUUGACUGCAUCAAACAUAAUUUAGAAAUGGUGUUUGAUAAUCAUGAGAAAUAUAUUUGGACAGAUAAAGACAAACUAAAGAGUAUAAAAAUAGUGAAUAAUGAAACAUGGUAUAGAAAUGUGGACGCCAUACAGUUUGUGAGUGAGAUUGGGCGUAACUUCCGAAUGGGCACCAUGCUGCUUAAACAAAGUGUGCAGAGUAGGAUAAACUCAGAAGUCGGAAUGAGUUUUACAGAGUUUGCUUAUCAGAUAUUCCAGUCUUAUGAUUGGCUGCAACUUCUAAAAGAAUAUGACUGUAGGUUCCAGAUUGGUGGAAGUGAUCAGAUGGGUAACAUCAGUGCUGGUCACGAAUUGAUUAGUAGGGUCGCUAAGAAGGAAGUUUAUGGUUUAACUCUUCCUCUAGUCACUACGGAAGAGGGCGACAAAUUUGGCAAGUCAGCAGGGAAUGCCAUAUGGCUAGAUCCAAAGAAGACAAGUCCAUUUAGCCUUUACCAAUUUUUCGUCAGAACGAAAGAUUCUGAAGUUGAAAAACUAUUGAAGUUAUUCACUUUUUAUAGUUUAGGGGAAAUAAAAGAUAUAAUGUUUAAACAUCAGAAGCAUCCCGAAGAAAGAUAUCCACAGCAGUGUUUGGCCGACCAAGUGACUACAUUAGUCCAUGGAAGAGAAGGUUUGGCCCAAGCCCUCAAGGCGACAGAUGCGAUAUAUAAGAAAGAGGUGAGCUCCUUGGUAGCCCUUAGUUCUUCAGAGCUGGAGCAGGUGUUCCAAGGUGCGCCCGUCGUCACGCUGCUGCUGUCUCCUGGUAUAACCGUGUUGGAUCUUGGCAUGAAGGCCAAGUGCUUCUCUAGAGAGAAUGAUGCAAUGAGGAUAAUACAAGCUGGAGGAUUUUAUAUCAACCAUCAGAAAGUGAAGAAGAUAGAUGAAGUUAUAACGCAGUCGGCACACAUAUUACCGAACCUAAUAUCUCUGCUACGCGUAGGGAAACGCAACUAUUACAUAGUCAAAUGGCAAACGUAAUAAAUAAACGAUGAAUAGUU